AUGUCGGACGAAGAAGAUUAUGAUUCGGAGGAAGAUUUAGAUUAUAUUCCUUCAGAGGGAGAGCCUGCAAGUGAAGAAGAGAACUCUGGUGAUGAAGAAGAUCUGUCACUGUUGAAGGAUGAUGGUACAGAAUGUAACGAAGCCACCCAGAAUCGAAAAACAAAGGCCAAGAAGCAAAACAAAAUAGCUGCAAGGAGACGGAAAGGAGGAAUAAAACUUGAAGAAAAAGACAACAAUGCAGCUUCAGAGGGCACUGCACAGAAAGAGGUGGAAUGUGGAAAUGAAGAAGAGGCUUUAAGGAAGAAAGAACUUGCAGAACAAAUAGCUGCAGAGGAAGGGAUGAAGAAAAAAGAAAAGGAGAAGAAAAGAGCCGAUGAUUUGUGGUCUAGUUUCAUGGCAGAUGUCAAGCCACCACCAUCUCAUUCAAACCCCUCAGCCACAAAGGUAAGUGACAUUUGUGUGUAUGUGGGAUCAUCCAAUGGUGUUGUCCCUAAAACAAAAUCAGAUGACACAGGAAGUGCCAGAUCUGGGAAAGUAACAAUUACAAAAAUCUUUGAUUUUGCUGGUGAAGAAAUCAAAGUGACAGAAGAGGUAGAUGCUAAUUCUAAAGAAGCCAUGGCAGAACAGAAGAAGCAGGAAAUGGCAACUCAGGAAAGAGAGGAGAGCUCUGUUCAGCCAAGUCCUUUACCACUGGGGGUUGCCGUCAAAAGGCCUGCUGUGGGUGGCCUGGGCACAGUCUUGAGCAAGAUUUCCAAAAAGAACAAAAUGGGAACACUUGUAAGUUUAUUGGGAUCAGAACCCAUUGACUGGGAUUCUUUCAAGAAGAAAGAAGGCAUUGAUGAUGAUCUCAAGAUUUAUAACAAAGGAAAGCAGGGCUACACAGAACGGAUGGCUUUCCUCAACAGAGCUGAUCAGAGGCAAUACGAAAUUGAGAGGGACAUAAGACUUGGCAGUACAAGCAAGAGAUAA